AAUUUAAUUUUAAAAACGUUUCUAUGAUAUUUAGAUAUCUUCAUCACCGCUAUACGUUUUUAACAAUGAAAUAUUACGUUGAUCGACAGAUGCUAGCUCAAUGCAAACAUAUGCGUGUAAAUGAUUGAUGAUUGAUUGAUUGAUUGAUAAACAUCGAGUGCAUUUUUAACAAUGUUUAACACAAAACAUAUAAAAUCUAAUCAAUUGGGUAGGAUUUGCAAACUUGAUCGACCAGGAUGAAAGGCUAGAUAUUUGGCUGUCACCAGAGAAAAAGGCAUGCGAUUGGUAGGGACUACGAAUUUGCAUUAAAAUGGUCAAUCAAUAUGUGCUUAAAUUCAAAAUAUAAAUGUUGUACCAGAAUAUUCAAUAUUAACGUUGCAUGCAUGUGCCAAUUUAAAGACAAAUGUUUAUUAAGGAUUGUCUUUUUCAGCUGUUGCUUUUUCAUAGAAUGCAUUUUAUUCACGUGACCAUGUUAUAUAUUUUCAUGAUUAGCAUUUCACCUUCUUCGGUAGCAGUAGGAAAUAUCAAAUGGACUUUAAAGGAAAAGCCAGCAUUAUUUGGGGCCAAUAUUCAUUUAGUUUGCCAUCUGCCGAAUAAGACAUUAUGCUGUGACGAUGAUAGAAAAUGGAAUGUUGGUUACCAGUACAAUCUUGUAAUCAUAAAUGGUUUCUCAUACAAUGAAACCAAAUAUGAAGAAGACUUAAACGUGAAAGAAAGAGUUUCGGUUUUGACAGUAUUUUCCCUAAGUGAAAAGGACGUAAAUAUACCAUAUGAAUGUGUGUACGGAUUCCAAAAGUACAGAUCUACACUGGAACUCACGGAAGAUGUAUUUGAAUUUCUUCCAACCGAAAAACUACCAGUAGUGCCAGAAAUAAGAGGAUUUAAUGUACGCUUCAACAUACAAUUUGAAAAGGUGUUUCCAGAGCCACUGUGCAGAGCUGCAUUAGGAAUACAAAACUUAUCAUCAUUUUUGUCUGUUACUGUGGGAAAAAAUGAUUUGUUUUAUCAGUCAUCCUUAGCAUUUAUCUACUCAAGAUCAGAGAAGGCAUGUACAGAUUCACUUAAAGUCUUAUGCACAGUAGGAAAAACAGUUCUGACAGUUGUUGAUCACAAAAUGUGUUCUUCUGCUGAAGGUAAAGAGUCAUUUCUGCUAUUCAUUAUAGUGAUUACUAUUGUUGCUGUUAUACUCAUAUUAACCACAGGCAUCGUAUGUGUGCGAAAAGCUUUAUCAAAUUGGAGAGAACAUCACAGAGACAAGACGACUGAAGAAGAAAUCAGUUUAAAUCAUCCAAUUCACAACCAGUUAUAAGCGAAAUUCCUAGAUAUUUGUAGUUCGAUUUGGCAUGUAGUUUUGAAUUUGGUCAACAUAUACAAAGUCGUCUUCACUGCUGCUUCUUUCGCUGCCAUUAUCGGUACUAUUUCUUAGGCUGCUGAUAUUAGGAAGGAAUGCAGUAAGUGCUGAAACGUCCACAUCUGCGUAGUGUAUUCUGUCUUCUAAACCGAGUAUGCGCACUUCAUUUGUAGAUGAGGAAGGUUGAAACACUACAUCUGCAUAGUUAAGCUGGCCAUCCUGCAAUGAAAAAUAUUUUUUUCUUAUUCUCAAACCACAAAUAUUCAGAUACAUGUAGUAAAGUAUGCUUUUAUGCU